CCCGUCUCAUCUCAUUAUACAUAUACAUAUACAUAUACAUGAAUUAUACGCUGCUAACACAUCAUGAUUAUCCAGGUUAUACACUACCUCUACCGCGCCGUCCUCGCGCCCCUGUACCUCAACCCCAGCAUGUCGCCCAUCCACCCGCUCGUCUGGACAAUGGCCUUCGCCUUCCAGAUCUUCAACGCCGUGUCCAUUGGCGGCUACCUAGCCGGCUACGGGCCAACUACGUCUUCCCACUGGGCCGGGCGCUCAGGCACGAUAUUCGCCGGUCUACUCGUAUGGUGCGCCGGCCUAGCAGGCAACAUCUACCACGACGACGUGCUGCGCGAGAUCCGACGAGCGGCGGACCGCAAACAACGUAAAGUGGCUGCUGAGCAGGGCAGGCCUGUCGAGAGCGUGGAUAAGGUGUAUGUUGUGCCUGAGAGGGGGCUGUUCAAGUACGUGCUGCAUGCGCAUUAUUUGUGUGAGUGGAUUGAGUGGGCGGGGUGGUGGAUGAUGGGCGGGUGGAAGUGUGCGCCUGCCAGGGCUUUCUUGGUCAAUGAGGUUACUACUAUGCUGCCCAGGGCGCUGCAGGGGAGGAGGUGGUAUGUUAGGCGGUUUGGGGGGGAGGCGGUUGCGGGGAGGAAGGCGGUUUUGCCUGGGCUGCUGUAGUGAGGUUGUUGUUGAGGAUUGAAUGGGUUAUUCAUAAUUCGCGGAUGUCUGUAAUUCAUGGUUGUCCGUAGUUUGCUGCCAUUUCUGAUUUCUGAUUCGCGUCGUCUGGAUCUCCAUGUUCACUGCUCAGCUGUUAUGUCAUCAAUACAGCUCGGGGUGCAUUAGCGGUGGCCAAUGUAGCGUUGUGUAGUGUUGUGUAGGGUCCAGCGAAAGAUCAGCACGACACUAUUCCAUCAGCACGAGGGCUGCUUGAACCUUUGUUGGGCAGUGCACGGCAUGACAGACACGUAAUCUUCACGGAUCCAUGCACGACGCGCACGGCCCAUGAUGGGAAAGUUUGCAACGCUCGAGAAGGAG